AUGUGCAAGGGUUUUGGCUCAAGUCUCACGGGGGCUGCGCUUCAGUGGUUUAUCAACUUGCCAAACGGCUCAAUAAAUUUGUUUGCAUCAUUGACAGACGUUUUUGUUGAACAAUUCGCAAGCAGCAGAAACCUCGAAAAAACAGCAGAUGAUCUGUAUGAGGUGCGACAGAAGAGAGAUGAGUCAUUACGUGCCUAUGUGGGACGAUUCAACAAGGAGAAGGUGUCAAUACCAAGUUGCAACAUGUCUACUGCCAUAUCGGCCUUCAAAAGAGGUUUACUCCCAGAUGGCGACUUAUACAAAGAGCUAACCAAAUACCAAUGUAGAACGAUGGAGGAUGUACUCUCACGUGCAUGGGCUCAGAUCAAAUGGGAAGAAGACUCGGCUUAUCACCAACGACGUUCGCCACGGUCUGACCGCCUUGUGAGAAACGAAAGGUCGAGUAGGGAUGACAAACCUUACCAAAGACCUAAGGACGAGAACACUAAGAGUGAAAGAAGGAACACGCAUCGACCAUUGAGCGGAGCAGACGACUUGAAACCCAGAUCAUCAACAUGGCCAGAUAUCAGUAACCUUUCAAUCUCGCAUGCACACUUAGUCGGUGUACUGAAGGAGAUGGGUGAAAACAUGAGAUGGCCUCCAAAGAUGAAGGCACCUGACAACAAGCGGAACGCCUCAAAGUGGUGUGAAUUCCACAAUGAUCACGGCCAUAGAACAUAA